CCCACUUCCCCUCUGGGCCCCGCUCUUCCUUCCUCUCCAGGCAGAGGGGCCAGGCUUCAACGUCACCCACUGCAGAGGCAGAGCUGAGUUUGCUGCUAGAAGUGGCAGCAGCUCCCACGAGCUGAGCAGGAGCCAGGCCAGCUGAACCAUGGAGCAAGGGGCCCCUGGCACUGUCCUGCUGACGCAGAUCGUGCCCCCCGCCCAGGUCCCCGGGACCAGGCCAAAGCCCCUGGAGAAGUUCCAGCAGGGGGAGCCGCUGGCCCUGGGGAUCACACAGAUCCUCGUGGGCAUUCAGCAGACCGCGUUUGGGAUCAUCAUGAUCGCACUGGUCGAUUAUCACUACCCUGCUCUUCAAGUGGGAACAACCAUCUGGACCAGCGUUCUGUGUGUGAUCUCAGGCUCCCUCUCGGUGGCGGCCUCCAGGAAACCCAAGAUCCCACUGGUGAAGGCGGUGCUGGCCUUGAACUCCGUGAGUGCCGUACUAUUGGGCGUGGGCCUUGUGGUGUUCUUCUUAAGCUUCACCUUCCUCCAUGGUGUCCACCACUGCACCUGGGACCCAGAGCAGAUGGAAUGUGUGCCAGCCCCCCUUGAAGUCCAGGGUAUCCUGGAGGGCGUCAUCAUACUCCUCUUUAUACUGACACUGCUGCAGUUCUGCCUGGCCCUGACCGGCGCGGCCUUCGGGUGCAAAGCCAUCUGCCGGGACAGCUACGUCGACAUGGCCGUGGUGAUUUACCAGCACACAGAGCCAUCUACUAACCCCACCAGUGCCCAAACCCCGGGAACAGUGUGAGCCACUUGCCACAGCUGCUGGAGCUAUUCACAUCAGCAGCAUGAGCCUGCAGUGUGGGAGAAGGCCCACCCCUGAAAGCAGCAUCGGCCUCCUACCUCCCCCGGCCCACAGCACUGCCUGCCCCAAUAAACAUGGUCAGAUCAG